UCAUUCUAUAACCCCACAAUUUAUGAUCUAGCAAAACACCAUAAUCUCAUUUAAACACAGCUGUUACUAUAAAGGCAUUGCAGGUUGACUAUGAUAAUUGAGAAGCUAUCUCAUAGGAAUCUUUUUUAAUAUCUUUGUUAGCCUCAAAUUCCUGAUUUAUUGAUUAGUAAAGGCUUACAGAAGUGUGUAUUCGUAGAAUAUGGGCAGUUCACCAGUGCAGCCUGCAGCAUAUGCCUAUAAAACUCAGUGCAGUGGCAACAGUUAAGCUGUCUCAUUAUCAGUGCAAAAGGCUAUGUGGUGAGAAUAUUCUAAGAAGUAAAAUAGGGAUAGCUCAGGGUUACCAGACUAUGAAGCCAGCCCUCCCUAAUUAGACUGCAGCUUAGACAAAAUUGCUUUGUACUUAACUUCAGUUUGGAAGCAGAUUAUUGAGCUAUAGUGAGAAUGAAAGCCUGAAAUGGCAGAUGUAAGCUCUGUUUCCUGUCUUUUUCAUUUGCUUUCUGCAUUUAAGAGGAACUCUAUCCUUUUGUUCAUUCUUGAAUCGCUAAAUAUAGUAAAUACCUGUUCUUCAUAAAAAUAUCUCUGAGUGUCCCAGCCAAAGAUAGAUGGAAAGUUACAUUUCAAAAUGUCUUUUCCUGAGCAGAUACUGGAAACCUGUCAACAUUUCCUUCAAAUGUUUGUUCCACAUUAUGGACAGUAUUACUAUUUACAUGUGAAUAUGAUGCCUUAUGAUUUAUCAGAUCUCUUUGCACAUUUGUGGAGACUUUCUUAGUUAUGUUCCUUUUUUGUAGACUUUUGAAGAGAUUUUGCUUUUCAUGCACAAAGAAAAUGACACUAAGAAAAGUAAACAUAUUCAUCCUCGUACUUCUUGUUGUUAUAUUUUUGUUAGUGCUGCAUCACAACUUUCUAGGUCUCAGUGAUCUCUUGAAAAAAGAAUUAUCAGAUUCAAAUGCAUUAGGACUUCAGCCAAUAGAUUUUAUACCUGAAGCUCCUCAAAGAUUGACAGUGGACCAAAAUGACAAGGAAAUCCCUGUGGUCAUUACGGCAUCUGAUGAAAGGCUUGGGGGUGUAAUUGCAGCUGUGAACAGUAUUCAGCAAAACACCAAAUCCAAUGUGGCAUUCCAUAUUGUCACUUUGAAUGACACUGUGGACCAUCUAAGAUCAUGGCUUAGUAAAACCAAUCUAAAAAAUGUUCAAUACCAAAUUUUGAAUUUUGAUCCUGGUAUGCUGGCUGGAAAAGUGCAGAUAGACUCAAAGAUGCCAGAUUCCAUAAAACCACUGACCUUUGCAAGAUUCUACCUACCUAAUUGGGUCCCCAAUGCAGAAAAGGUCAUUUAUUUGGAUGAUGAUGUGAUUGUACAAGAUGAUAUCCUUGAACUUUACAACACUCCGUUGCAACCAGGCCAUGCGGCUGCAUUCUCAGAUGAUUGCGACUCUACCUCAAAUAAGUUUUCUGUCCGUGGAGCAGGAAAUCAGUAUAAUUACAUGGGAUUUCUUGAUUAUAAAAAAGAACUGGUUCGGAAGCUGUCCAUAAAAGCAAGCACCUGCUCUUUCAAUCCAGGUGUCUUUGUUGCAAAUCUAACGGAAUGGAAAAUACAAAAUGUUACUAAGCAACUAGAGAAAUGGAUGGCGCUUAAUGUUAUAGAAGAGAUAUACAGCAGGACUCUCGCUGGCAGUAUCACUACACCUCCCCUGCUAAUUGUAUUUUACAAGCGGCAUUCAAAGAUUGACCCUAUGUGGAAUGUUCGCCAUCUUGGUUCAAGUGCUGGCAAAAGAUACUCACCACAGUUUGUGAAAGCUGCCAAAUUACUCCACUGGAAUGGACAUUUCAAACCCUGGGGACGAACAGCAUCCUUUGCAGAUGUUUGGGAGAAAUGGUACAUUCCUGAUCCUAGUGGCAAAUUUAAUUUGAUUCGGAGGCACGGUGAGAUUUACGCAGCACAGUAAGAUGGACUCAAUAGCUACAUACUUUUCUCAGGAAACUUGUCAGAUCACAGAAUGAAAUCAUAAUGGUAUGUCCAUUUAAUCUGCAUUACAUUUGAGAAAGACUUGAAAUUGUAUGCCUGAAGCAGCAGCAUUGUGCCUUCAAAUACAAGAUGAAGAACAGCUUAUAUCAACUACGCAGCUGGACCAGAUAAAUUCUUCAGAAAUAAGCUUUUAUAAUGAAAUGUUACAAAAUUAGCUUCAUCUAGGAAUGUGACACUCCUGGGUAUCUGCAACAUGCCUUGCACAGCUAUUUCUUUGUACCAGAAAACAAAACAAAAACAUCUUCCUCCUCUUAGCAGUAACCUGUGAAUGUAAGUUUUCUGUUAGAACUUUUUCUCUUUAGUAUUUAGUCAGGUGUUUACACUUAUUUAAAUCUGUUGUAGAUUUAAUCUGUUUCUGUAAUUAUUUAGUAAAUGAUGGAAGAAACAACCCAACGACACUAAAGCAACCUGUUUAAAAUCAUGGAGAAAGUCACUCAAACAAAGCUUGAUUUGUUUGUAUGUGGGUUCAGGUUAAUCUAUAUUUUGUAACUGUAAUAAAAAGUAAUCUUGUCUUACAAUAUAUUACUUCCUCCAAUAAA